CGUGGGCUCCUGCGCCUGCUCGCGGCGGCAAAGACAGGCAGAGUUCCCGCCGAUAUUUAAGUUUCGUUUCCAGCGGUUUCUGAGAGUUCCCCUUCCCAGGUCCCUUCCCCGAAGCCAAUUCUUGUUUCCCGUGCAGAGGACCAUAGAUAUGGAAGAUCUACGAAGAAGGACGUCGGCGCCCCGCGCUAAAAAGCCGGCUGCAAAGCGCGCCACGACCGCGCCUGGCGGGAACCCAGACGCCCUGCCCCACGCGGGAAGCUGCGGCCCGCGAAGGGGGGCGCGAUCGCGGCCUGCGGAACUUAAUGGGGACCUCACGGAAAAGCCAAGGGCCGGAGCAACCCGAGUGCGUCCGGGAAGGGCGUCUGUGCGCACCAAGGACUCGCAGACCUCCUCCCCGGGCGCGGCAGAAGACGUCGAGCCUCCGGUGGAGCAGCCCGCUGUGCGGGAGCCCGCGGACCCCGAGGUGCCUGGCGUGGCAAAGGCACCAAGCCACAGGAGGGGCGGGCGUUCCACCGCUGGGCAGCCCAGAGCGCCACGGGUGUCGGGGAAGGAGUGGGACAAGAAGCUAAAGGAGGUGCUGGACAAGUUGCGGUUGAAACGCGAUGAGAUCUCUGUGGCUGCUAAAACUGUGAAUAGGGUCGUGGAUCACCUGCUACGCAGAAUGCAGAAGCGGGAGUCUGAGUUCAAAGGCGUGGAGCAGCUCAACACUGGCAGCUACUAUGAGCAUGUAAAGAUUUCUGCUCCUAAUGAAUUUGAUGUUAUGUUUAAGCUGGAAGUUCCCAGAAUUCACCUGCAAGAAUAUGAUGACACUGGUGCUUUUUAUUUUGUGAAGUUCAAACGAAUUCCGCGAGGAAAUCCUCUGAGUCAUUUUUUAGAAGGGGACAUAUUAUCAGCUACCAAGAUGCUGUCAAAGUUUAGGGAAAUCAUUAAAGAAGUCGUCAAAGAAAUCACAGAUACAGAUGUCAGUGUGGAGGAAGAAAAACCAGGAAGCCCUGCGGUAACCCUUCUUAUCAGGAAUCCCGAAGAAAUAUCUGUGGAUAUAAUUCUGGCUUUGGAAUCAAAAGGCAGCUGGCCUAUUUGUACCAAAGAAGGACUACCCAUCCAAAGCUGGCUUGGCACAAAAGUUAGGACCCAGCUAAGACUACAGCCGUUUUAUCUUGUACCGAAGAAUGCAAAACAUGGCGAUGGUUUUCAAGGACAGACCUGGCGCCUCUCUUUCUCUCACACUGAAAAAUUCAUUUUGAAGAAUCAUGGGAGUGAGAAAACAUGCUGUGAAUCUGCUGGAGUGAAAUGUUGCAGGAAAGACUGUUUAAAACUAACAAAAUACCUUUUAGAGCAGUUGAAAAAAGAAUAUGAAGAACUAGAACCGUUCUGCUCGUAUCAUGUGAAAACCGCCAUGUUCCACAUGUGGACCCAGGAGCCACAGGACAGUCAGUGGGACUCCAAGAACAUAAAUUCCUGCUUUGAUAAUUUUUUGAUGUUCUUUGUUGAGUGCCUCAGGACAGAGAAUCUGGUCCAUUUUUUUAUUCCAAAGUUCAAUCUGUUCUCUCAAGAAUUAAUUGACCAAAAUAGUAAAGACUUUCUGUUAAUGAAAAUUGAAUAUGAAAGAAACAAUAGAUUUCCCAUUUUUGACAAGUUUUAAAAUCAUAGGUUUGUGUAU